AUGCUGUGGUUCGACUGCGCAGAGUGCCACCGCGAGCAAGAAAAACACCCCCUCCUACAGAGCUUCGAGAUGGUCUUCGCCUGCAAGAAGUGCAAGAAGUGCUUCCGCAAGGACACGCAGGAAUUCGAAGAGAGCGACGAGUACUGCCCGCACUGCGACAAUCACUUCGUUAUUGAUGCCAAAACCCCAAAGGCUGCCCUAUCCGUGGAAAGCGAAGACGUGAGAGUCAAUAACAAGAUGCUCAAGGACGAGCGCGUCCGACAAAAGGAUUACCGUACCAUGUUCGACCCGGACGAAGAUGCCGACAGGCUAGGCUAG